AUGUAUUGCAAAUCAUUGAUUCCUUUUUUAAUUAAAUGUAUGAAACUCUUACCAUUAUGGUCUGGGAUUAUGGUUCCUGUGUUUGGUUAUGGUUCAGAGACUGCUAGUUUUGCAGCAGUAGAAUCCAGUUUUAAAAAACUUAAAAACUUGACAUUUAAAUCCACAACAUUACCUGUCAGUAUCGAAGAGUUUUUGGAACAACAUAUAUGUUCACUACGUGGAGUGUCACUCAUCCAUUCAACGAAAACAGGAUAUGAAAAAACUUGUGAAAUUGAUGAUGAUACCACAGUAGAUACCCGAAAUGAACUAAAGGAGAAAAAAUCAACUUUCCAAGUUGAUAUGAUGAUAAGUUCAGGUGAUGAAAACGAUUAUCUAAGAAUCCCAGACAAAUUAGAUUGUCCUCUGUGCUCUACCGGUUCCUUACCUUCUGAAAGUGGGGCUCAUAAAUGUGUUGUUUGUAAGAUACCGGUUCACGCACUAUCUACUUGUUCCAGAAGUAGAUCAGGCCAAGAUAAUGUAAGAGUUUGUUUCUCGUGUUGGAUAUUUGAGAUAGAUACGUGUGUAAAUAAUAAUUAUUGUGAAAUAAAUGAAAACUUGAACGAGGAACGAAAAGCUGUAGAAUCGUGGAAUCGAAAAAGCCAGAGAAAAAAUAAGUCUUACCUUGUCACAAACCCACAUUUAAGACAUUUGGACCUUAACAAUUCAAAAAAAAUAACGUCGCUCCCUAUACUAAAAAAUGGAUCUCGUUCCACAGAACUUAAGAGUGUUAAGUCUAAUGUAGUACAAGGUAGAAUUGCAUUGACUAACACUUGUGCAUUUGACUCGUUGGCUUCGGUGUUGAUGGUAUCAUAUUGUGACAGCCAAAAAUAUUCUGAAAAGGUUGAUUAUAUUGGUGAACAUCAGUUUUUCAAUUUUAUUUCAAAAGUUGUAAAACAUGGAAUAUCGUCAAGUACAUACUCGGGAAGAGCUGAUCUUAUCAUUGAGAAAAUGAACCCCGAACUUCAAACCUUGGAAUACAAUAUAACAUUAGCAAAAUGUGAUUCGACUUUUGGCCAUGUUUUGGAUAUGAUGUUAGAAGAUUUUCCAUCUGUUAGGUAG